GCGGCUGUGAGGUGAAUGCCGAAAGCCCGGGAACGCAUGACAGGAGAUGACCUCGCUGUCAAGAGAUCUUGCGAGAACGAGCAGAGAGCUCGAGACGCAAGAGGAGAUUAACAGUCACCGGGAAAGACGCAGAGGACGGGUCCCGUGCUGAAAAAUGGCAGCGAUGACGCAGUUUAAAUAGAAGAUGCGCAAGAAAAGAGCUCUUCGCUGAGACUAUCCGGCAGAAUGGAGAGAUCAGAGGGAUCACUGCACCAGGACCAGAUCGCCACGAGGUCAAGUGCUCGCUCUACAUGGACGACGUGACCGUCUUCUGCGCUGACCAGCGUUCGGUGACUGCACUCGUCCAGACCUGCGAGGACUUCGGCAGAGCUUCGGGGGCAAAAGUCAACUGCGGGAAGUCGGAGGCCAUGCUCUUCGGGGAGUGGCACCUGGCUUCUUCUGCCCCCUUCCCCUUUACUGUUAAGCCGGACUUCAUUCAAAUUCUUGGAGUCUGGUUCGGGAAGGAAGGAGCGGCCCUUAAGUCUUGGCAAGACCGACUAGGAAGGAUAAACUCGAAGAUCGGACUGUGGAGCUCCAGAAAGCUCACGAUGGAAGGCAAGGCACUUGUCCUGCGGAGUGAAGUUUUGCCUGUGCUCCAAUAUACCGCACAGGCCUGGCCUUCCCAUACCACCGUUUGCAAGGACAUCACCCGGACAGUGUUUGGCUUCGUCUGGGGCAAAAUGGACAGAGUCAAGAGGACCGUGAUGUACAAGGAGCCCCGCAAGGGUGGGAAGGGAAUACCCGACAUCCCCGCUCUGCUGAGGGCCUCCUUUGCAUGUGUCACGGUGCAGCGGUCUCUUGUUGAAAAGACUGGCUCAGCGGGCAGGUCCAUGUCUCGCUUGCUUCUCAUGCCCCUCUGGAGACAGCUGGGCUGGGACAAGUGGGACAGCUCCAUCCCUUACAACUGGAACACUCCCUGGUUCUAUGGGGAUGUUGUCCGGUUUGUGAGGGAGCACCAGCUGGAAGGACUGAAACCCGACCUAUGGAAGCCGAAGACAAUCCACAAGCUCAUCCGAGCUAAGGACUUAACCGAGCUGGUUCUGGGACUCCCCGCAGCCACUGCAGAGACAGUUUGGAACAAUGUGGCCUCAAAGCGGCUUACCAAUGGACACAAGGACUUGUCGUGGAUGGCCGUCAUGGGAGGUCUCUCUCUCAGGUCAUUCAUGCAUGCCCGCGACCUGUGAAAGACCCGGUACUGCCCCCGAUGCCCCUACGUGGAGGAAACAUCUUUCCACGUGUUUUGGCAGUGCCCCUUUGCACAGGGUCUGUUGGACGCCCUAGAACAUGAACUCAGAGACUCAGUGCCCAGGAGCUGCCUAUCGUACCAUUUGGUGCUUUACGGCCUGUUCCCUGGGACCCACGACGUGGAGGCCAUCCAGGAGGCCUGGCGCCUUAUGAACUGUUUUAAGGACGCAGUGUGGCUUGCCAGGAACCGCCUCGUGAUCAACAGGGAAAACAUGUCCGUCCGGGACUGCCGCAGGUUCAUCAAGAACCUGCUUAGAGACGAUUCCAUCUUGGACAGCUCGGCUGUUGAUGAGGAAGAAGAGGAGUGAAGACCCCUCUCCUUCUCCCAUGUCUCCCUGAAGAUACAGCCCAGCAGUUUGGCCCUGUGAUCCGCCCCCUCCCUACCCCCACAUAGUCGCCCACACCCCUACCCCGAUCACAGAUUGUACUAUUUGGUUUUUGUUCGAUCGCUUGUGCCUUUCUAUUGCAGGAUUGAGCUGAAUGUUAGAGUAGCAUGGUGUGCGAUGUAUAGCUUAGGGAACCUUUGCUGUGUAUUAUACUAUCAUGCUUUGUGUGACUGUAAUUUAUUGUACGACUUGUAAUGACUGAACGGAAAAUAAAGCUCUUUCAAUCAAAAAAAAAUUAUAUGUGUAGAGCACAUGACAGGUGGGGCCCCCUGU